GGUGGUCAAACUGCAGUCUAGCCUACCUUCACUUAAGCCCAUGUUUAACGUCUGGAGCUGUUUUAAACGUUGUCAUUAAUCAUACAUGACGAAUUAAAGUUAUAAAUAUUCCUGUUCAGACCCUUAUUUUGUUGUUGUACUUAAUGUGUGUACUACUAUGUGACGUAGCACGCAAAAUCUCUGACGUAUGUGUUGUGGCUACAGAGAGGAGGAGCUCGGAUUAAGUUUUGAUAAUCCUCAUAUAACGGGAACGUGAUUGUAUUUAGCGCCUUUUGGUUGCUGUUUUUGCUGAAUGCGUGCAGACAUUAAGAUAUCUGAGACUCAGUUUCCUAACAACUGCCACCAGGAAUUAUGUCCCACACGAAGAAAAGUAAAAAAAAAAAAACAGGCUAGCUAGACAAGUAGCUAGAUUUUGGCUAAUGUCAGCUAGCUAGCUGGCCAGUUGAACGCUUAGCUAGUUGACAGUAAAUAAAUGCAAUUUGCCGACGCGGUUCUUGCUUAACAAAUCCGGUUUAAUUUUUGUACCGCUCGAUCAUGUUGGUGAAUCCCACCCGAGGAUACCACUGGUCAGACGCGGAGACGAGAGCACUGUUGACUAUUUGGGGAGAACACGACGUGCAGACGGCGCUGGACGGAAACUUCCGAAACAGUCACGUUUACCGCGACGUGGCUGGCCGUCUGGGGGACAUGGGCUACGAUCGGACCCCGGAUCAGUGCCGGGUGCGAGUUAAGAGCCUGAAAAGACAAUAUUUCCAGGCGAAAAAGGCCUCGAAGAAAAACGGCCACUAUGCCAAGAUCUUCAGGUUCUACAAAGACAUGGAGAGGAUCCUGAGCAGCAGGUCGUCAGCAGGGCUGGAUGCUCAUGAUCUAGACGGCAUGGGUGCUGAAGGAGACGAGACCAUGGACGGCACUGAGGAAGAUGGAGAGAGUGUGGACCAGCCCCACGAGUCAGACGUGGACGGUGCAGGAGAAUGCUCAAACAUGGAGUACCCUGUGAAAAUCGAGUAUCCACCUUACCCCAUCCCAGUGACUGUGGGCAGCUGCAGCAAUGUACAGGAUAUCCCGGCAAAGCAGACUGAAGAACAGACCACCACCAUGCCGUCCUCUGCAGGAAACAGGCGGCACAAAAAGCGUUUUGCGAACCUGUCGCUGGAGAAACUUAUGGAGAAGUUUCUGGAACAGAGUUUGGAGGCAGAAGAGAACUUCUACAGACUUGAGGAGCAGCGGCUCCAAGCCGAGGAUCUUCGUAGGGAGACAGAACACACAAGAGAGAUGCACAUGUUGCAGAUGCUGGGCCAGAUGUUUGCUGGUCUCACCACACCCACGGUCACAUCGUCACCUGCUCCUCAGUCCGCUCGUAACUCAAAGACUGGUCCCUCUGUAACUCAUGCACGUCCAUUUGGUGGCAGCCAUAGCCAUCAAACCUGCCAGGUUGAUUAUGCCACCCCGAGUCCGCCAGCUGCUCCAGUUAUCGAGCGGACUUUUUCCCUGGGAGGGGUCGCACACAGAAGCAUGGACAUCCUGCCAUUGGUUAAAAAUAUCAUUCCUCCGCUGACGUCUAAAAAGCACAAGGGUCAAGAUGGUCGCAUAGGAGUCAUUGGAGGAUGUCAAGAGUACACUGGAGCACCCUACUUUGCUGCCAUUUCUGCACUGAAAAUAGGUGCGGAUCUUUCCCACGUGUUCUGCACCAAAGAUGCUGCCACUGUGAUUAAAUCUUAUAGUCCUGAGCUCAUAGUUCAUCCUGUGCUAGACAGCCCCAAUGCUGUGCAGGAAAUAGAGAAAUGGCUGCCGAGGCUUCAUGGUUUGGUGGUGGGGCCGGGCUUGGGCAGGGAGGACAAGCUUCUUAAUAAUGCAAAGGAGGUUAUUGAAAAGUCAAAAUCAAGAGGAAUUCCAAUAGUCAUUGAUGCAGAUGGACUGUGGUUAGUUUCCAAAGAGCCGUCAGUCAUUCAAGGUUAUCAGAGAGGAAUCUUAACGCCCAACUUCAUGGAGUUCAGUCGUCUCUAUGAGGCAAUGCACCAUCAGCCCCUGGACAGCACUGACCUCAGGGUCACGGCCCAGCAGCUGAGCAUCGCACUGGGUAACGUGACUCUGGUUUUGAAAGGGGAGGAGGACAUCAUCACUGACGGGAACCAGGUGAUAACAUGCAGUCAGGAGGGAAGUGGGCGUCGCUGUGGAGGACAGGGAGAUCUGCUGUCGGGCUCUCUAGGAGUCUUCUCCCAUUGGGCUUUCAGUUCAUCCCUAAAUGCAACUGAAGGUAUGAAUCCUACACUGGUGGCUGCUUUCGGCGCUGCCUCACUGACCAGGCAGUGUAACAAUCAAGCCUUUCACAAGUACGGCCGUGCCACCACCACCUCUGACAUGAUCCAGGAGAUCUGUGCCGCAUUCAAGAAGCUGUUUGAAACCUGAACUGCUUCGUCUGUACUCUGGGCUUUCAGCUUCAUUCCAGCCCUGUGCGGCUACAUCUGAUUUCUCUCCCUUAAGAAAGAAGGGAUGCACAGUUAAUAUCAGAUACCUGUACACACUGAUUCUUCCUAGGGAUUAUUUUGCAUACACACUUUUUUUUUUAGUGUCCACCACUGUCCACAUCUGCCUGCUUUAUUUUCCAUCACUCUCCUCCACAAAACAACACCUGAAACUGAACUAGUAGAGUCCAGUGUGAGUACACAGCUUCGUGUUGUGCUGCUUAGAAACAAACUUUUCAGAAAGUAUUUCAAUGAACAGAUGAUGCAGUGAGAUUUACUCCAAACGUGUCUAUUCACCCUCAUUUACUGCAAAUAUAGGUGUUAUUGCAAGACUGAAAGUUGAUGGUGUGCUGAAUAGUGAAUGACUCAGUGAUCUAUUGUAGAUUAACAAUAAUUAUACCACAGCGCUGCUGAAUUUUCAAAUCUGAUUUCUCGGAAGGUGUUGAUUCAUUUUCUAUAGCAGCAGCUCUUACAGUAAUUCAAAUCACAUGUUUAUAUUAAUGCACUUAUUAUAAUAUGUUAUCUUUUCUAUAGUAACUUGCACAGGAUCUUGUGUGUUGGAUGCUCCACACAAAUGGAUUUUAAAAAGGUGUGUAAUUGUUGAUAUGGUGAAGUUUUCUGUGAGGAAAUGUUUUUUGUAGCAUUUUUUUGGAAGGAGUCUCCAGUGUCAGUGCUUUGUAACAGUCAGAGGAAAAGCUGUUCCUCGAAGUUUAACCACAGAGGAAAGUCUUCAUGUCAUAGGAUGUGGCAGCUUCUCGAAAACAUGGCAAACUGCCUAGGUUUGUCUUCUUAAUUUCAGUAGAGAGAGAGAAAAAGAAAUGCUGGUGAGGAGACGACUGUUUAUAGCUGUUAUAAGCGAUAACAGGAACUAAUUUUUUUUCACGGACGUUCCACAACAUUAAACGUGACUGUGAACAUAAAAAGUAUGACCUACCCUUUUUUUAUAAUUAACAAAAUUGUCAAUGUUGGCAAAUUGCUGUGGUAUAAGAUGAAUAAAAUACUUUUGGACUUGCUUCCUUAUUUAGUAUUCAGAUCAACUCCUUUAUUCAAAUGACUUUUUUACAGGCAGCAAGUCCUGGGAUCCCUAAUCCUGUGGCAGUUCUUUCUUUCCACCAGAGAUUUCUAUCUUAACAAAGAGAUGUUCAGAUAAAUGUUCAGCUAUCAAACAAGACAGUUGGAAAGUAAAUCAAAGUCUAUAACAAACCCCAUUCACAGCAUUUUCACUGGUGACACGUCCCGUAUCGUUCAAUAAUUGUGGUGCUCUGUGCUAAUUUUAUAUAUAUAUAUAUAUAUAUAUAUAUAUAUAUAUAUAUAUAUAUAUAUAUAUAUAUAUGAGGGUCAUACAUGAUACAUUAUGGACAGAUACCAAACAUAUUUCUUUUUAUUUAGAAGUACAAUGUUUUGUCAGGUUUUCUCUUGGCUUAUUCAACCAACCAAUGUCAUGAAUGAAUCAUGGAUAAACCAUUUGUAUGUGAAGUGUUUAAAAGUAAAUCCUGAUGCUCUUACAUUCUGGCCUCCCUGUACAGAUAUUACAUGGUUCCAUUAAUUCCUCCCUUUCCCCUCGUAAAAAUGUCCAUGCAGAUCCUAAUAUAUUUUUCUUAAUAGCCUUAAACAUUACAGUAAAUGGCAAUUUGUGCACAAGUUUCAGAUGACUGACCAUCAAAACAAUAGCAGUGGUAAAAUGUUGCUUCAUUACAAGAAUGAUUUCAACAUUUACAUUCAGACUGUGUUCAUCAUUCAUCAGAUGCACUUUUUUUGAAGCAUAUGCCUUUUUAUUUAUUACAAAAACAUAAAUCCAGAAUAAUCACUUUACAUGAGUUCCCCAGUGGCUUAUGCCAUUUAGUCUUCAGGUUUAAUCCUUAACAUGCCUAAUAAUCUCAAAGCAGAAGUAGUGUAUGAUGGUUGUUUUUUUUAGCAGUUGGAUUUUCUUGGCAGAUUUUCUUUCUAAUAAAGUCUCUGAACUCA